AUGUCGUUGACAAUUGCCAACCCCUAUUCUGCGACAGCCAAGAAUUCCAUGGCGAAGAUUCACGCUUUCGAAGUGGACGUGACGGAAGAUCAAGUCGAGGUCAGCCCACUGCUGACACAUCGACAACCAGCAUCUGUGCAAAGUGCUGCACGUCAAACUACAGUAUCAGAGAUACCAGAAGACACACCAAGGUACAGACAGAUCUCUGCCUUUCUUUCCCAUCAAGCCAAAACCAUCCUGGACGAAAAGCGAAAGGAAAAGAGUUCUGUCAACAAGCUCCAAAACCUGUCCUCUCCAUCAUGGAUGAGAAAUGAAAAUCCGUGGAAGGAAAAGAGUUGCAAGCACAACUUUUCCCCCGGGCGUGAAUUGUUCGAGAAAGUAAUGGACCGCAUGAACAAGGAAAUAUGGCAGUACAAGAGAAGAAAUAUUUUGUCUGACAUUCAAUCUGUCAUUCUUGUUGUUGUCACAUCCAUGUUCCUUUAUGAAUUUGCAGGGCCAACCGUCCGAUGGUCGGUAUUCAUUGUUCGGAAAUUCUCGUUCCCAGCCGCUUGUGUAUACCUCAUUGUACCAACCUUUCAAGAGCAAAAGCAGCCAAACCCAGGACCAAAGGAGGUAGCCUUUGACGAGAUGACUGAAUAUUCAUGA